AUGGUUCACCUCGGUCCAAAGAAGCCACCUGCCAGAAAAGGUUCUAUGGCAGAUGUCCCAAAGAGCUUGAUGGAACAAAUCCACGGCUUUGAGGCUAUUUUUCAUGUCUCCCCUGACAAGUUGAAAGCCAUUACCAAACACUUCAUCACCGAAUUGGACAAAGGUCUAUCUAAAAAGGGAGGUAACAUUCCUAUGAUUCCUGGUUGGGUUAUGGAAUUUCCAACUGGUAAGGAAACAGGUGAUUUCCUAGCCAUCGAUCUUGGUGGUACCAAUUUGAGAGUUGUUCUUGUCAAACUUGGCGGUAACCGUGACUUCGAUACCACUCAGUCCAAAUACAAGUUGCCAGACCAUAUUAGAACCUCUUCUUCUGAGGAACUAUGGUCUUUUAUCGCAGACUGUUUGAAAACAUUUGUUGAUGAACAAUACCCAGAAGGUGUUAAGGAUCCUUUGCCAUUAGGUUUCACCUUUUCCUACCCAGCUUCUCAAGACAAGAUCAACAUGGGUGUCUUGCAAAGAUGGACCAAAGGUUUUGACAUUGAAGGUGUCGAAGGUCACGAUGUUGUUCCAAUGUUGCAAGAGCAAUUGGAGAAGAGAAAGAUUCCAAUUAAUGUUGUCGCUUUGAUUAACGACACAACGGGUACCUUAGUCGCCUCUAUGUACACUGAUCCACAAACUAGAAUGGGUGUUAUCUUUGGUACUGGUGUCAACGGUGCUUACUACGAUGUUGUCUCUGAUAUCGAGAAGUUGGAAGGCAGAUUGCCAGCUGAUAUUCCAUCUGAUUCUCCAAUGGCUAUUAACUGUGAAUACGGUUCUUUCGAUAACGAGCACUACAUUCUACCAAGAACUAAGUACGACGUGAUCGUCGAUGAGCAGUCCCCUAGACCAGGCCAACAGACUUUCGAGAAAAUGACAUCCGGUUAUUACUUGGGUGAGUUGUUGCGUUUGGCUUUGGUUGAUGUCUACGAACAAGGAUUGGCUUUUGAAGGUCAAGACAUGACCAAGUUGAAGAAGCCAUACAUUAUGGACACUUCUUACCCUGCCAGAAUCGAAGAUGAUCCAUUUGAGAACUUGGAAGACACAUAUGAUAUUUUCAAGAACGAUCUAGGAGUUGAAACAACUGCACCAGAGCGUAAGUUGAUCAGACGUUUGUGUGAGUUGAUCGGUACAAGAGCAGCUAGAUUGUCUGUUUGCGGUAUUGCAGCUAUUUGCCAAAAGAGAGGUUACGAAACCGCUCAUAUUGCUGCUGACGGUUCAGUUUUCAACAGAUACCCCGGCUUCAAGGUCAGAGCUGCUGAAGCUUUGAGAGACAUAUACGACUGGAAGCCAGCUGCUCCACAGGACUACCCAAUCGUCAUCGUUGCUGCUGAGGAUGGUUCUGGUGCUGGUGCCGCUAUCAUUGCCGCUUUGACUGAAAAGAGAUUGGCCGCUGGUAAGUCUGUUGGUAUUCUAGGUGCCUGA